AUGGUGCCCGAGUCCAUUACUAAGAUCUACGACCUGCAAACGCUAGACCUUACCAACAGUGAUGUACAGAGAGUUCCUGAUAGAAUUUCUUCUUUGGGUGCUUUGAGACAUCUUGACAUAAGAGGAACAUUUCUACUAAAAUACCUGCCAAAAGGUAUCGGGAAGCUAACUUGUCUGAGGACACUGAAUAAGUUUGUUGUUGGUAGCAACUUAGGUGAUGGGAGGGGAAGCAAAUUAUGGGAGUUGCACGACUUGAACAGUUUAAGAGGACACUUGACCAUCGAGCACUUGGAAAGGGUUGAUAACAUAGAAGAGGCUAAACAAACUCAAUUAAGUAGAAAAGAAAACCUGCGAAGUUUGAUGCUAUUUUCAGAAAAUACAUCUUCUCGGGAGAAAGUGGAGCCUCUUUACGAAGAGCUCCAGCCUCCAGAAGGCCUCAUUGAAUUAAGUAUAAUAUGCUAUGCAGGCGUUAACUUUCCCACUUGGAUGAGCUCCAAAAUAUACUAUUGUCUGGAGGAAAUCACUUUCUGUGAUUGCAAAUUCCUGGAGUCAUUGCCCAGCUUAGGCCAUUUGCCCAAUCUCUUGAGACUAGAAAUAAGUGGUGCUGAAAGGGUUAAGGAUUUUGACGUUACUUCAAACCACGUUGGUGGAACAGCUGUAUUUCCAAAACUAGAAAAAUUGAAGUUGAUAGACAUGUUGAACCUGGAGGAGUUUUUGUUUGAUGCAGGUAUAGAAACCAUGCCAUGCCUUCGAUGGUUAAAGGUCUCUUUCUGCCCAAAAUUAAGGGUGCUGCCAUUCUUUCCGGCUCUUGAAGAACUAAGUAUAAGAGGUGUGGAGGAAUGGAAAGGAUGGGCCAUCAAAAAGGAUGUAGAGAUGCCUUGUUUGAAAAGAAUGGAUAUUGAUGGCAGGCCUCGUUCAAAUUUGAAGUGCUUACCCAAUUGUCCAAGUUUAGAGGACAUGACAAUCAGUCAUUGCCAUCAGCUGGCUGAAUUGCCACAUUCUCGUUUCGUAGAAAGAUUGUCAAUACAGAACUGCUACAGAGCUUGCUCAAUGUUGGAUUCAACAUUUAAAAUGGAGAAACUAAAGCACCUAGAGAUCAUCAAUUCACCUAAUCUAGCCCCAUUGCUUGGAGGGAUUCAAGAUAUGAAAGAACUGAAGUCUUUGGUUGUAUGUGGUAUGUCGAAAUUGCAACAAUUAUUGAAUAAAAGCCCCCUUGAUUUGCACAAACUUGAGUCUGUGAGAAUCGAGGACUGCCGCCAAUUGGUUUCACUUCCACAUGGAUUGCGCCUCAACAGAUUGAAGAAAUUGACCUUAAAGGAUUUGCCUCAACUUACUUCCUUGCCUUCUAUGCUUUUGGAUAACAUGAAAGCGCUAGAAGUGCUGGAACUUGGUCCGAACAUCCAUUUCACAGAAGGGCAUGGGCUACUGCAGAACCUGAAUUUCUCAACGGUCAGGUGUCUCAAAAUAUUUGGCUUCCAUGAACUUGGAACAGAGUGGCUCAGGUGCAAAAUGAAGAACAUGGACCAACUGGAUGAGCUAGUUAUAGAGGAUUGUCCUAAGCUGGUGUCGAUUUCAGAUGUGUUGAAACAUCAUUCAUUUCCCAAACUUCGAAUUAUGCACAUUGCUUGCUUAUCCACUUACAGAGUUCAUACUAGCCAAUGGAGAAGGUCGCUCACAUGCUCAUUGGUCAUGAACUCCUUCAGGAUGGGCAACCAACUCAGUGGGUUGGUAAACUUGAGUGGCAGGUUGGAUGCCUUAAUCAUCAAUUUGUUGCCUGGUCUUGACUCACUGCCAGAUUGGAUACAACAACUUCAUCAACUGGAGUACUUGGUAAUCGAGGAUUCUGAAGAUCUUACUCAUUUACCAAACUGGUUGAGCAAAUUAUCCAAACUCAAACGCUUUCGGCUGACUCGUCUGCCAGAGCUAAGCAGUCUACCCGAUGCAGUGGGAAGCCUCUGCCAACUUGAAGGGCUUUACAUCCAUUCAUGUCCGAAACUGAAUUUCCUGCCAAAUGGGGUUCAGCAUCUCUCAAGGCUUCAUUAUCUGUAUAUCUCUGAGUGCGAUGCUCUAGUUGAGUGCUGCCAAAAGGAAGAUAGGCACAAAAUCUCCCAUAUUCCUGAUUUAUUUCUUGUGUAA